AUGUAGACAUAUAAACAUACAUAUGAUAUUCGGAGAAGAAUAUGGUGGCCUCCCUCACUCCGUACCCCUCCCUAACAAAAACACCCCGGCACUUUCACUCCCUUCUUCAUUUAUAUUUGUUUGUAUCACCACCACCACCACCGAACAAUGAUGGUUUUGUAAGAGCAGAUCAGAUUGAUCUCAAGAGUUUAGAUGAACAGCUUGAACGCCAUCUCACCAGAGUAUGGACCAUGGAAAAAAACAAAAACAACCACCCACCCACUGCAACUAAGCGUCAGGAGUGGGAGAUUGACCCCUCUAAACUCAUAGUCAAAAGCGCUCUUGCUCGUGGCACAUACGGCACCGUCCACCGUGGCGUCUACGAUGGCGUUGACGUCGCCGUAAAACUGCUGGACUGGGGGGAGGAGGGCCAUCGGUCUGAGGCGGAGAUACAGUCGUUAAGGGCGGCGUUCACACAAGAAGUGGUGGUGUGGCAUAAACUUGACCAUCCUAACGUCACUAAGUUUAUAGGUGCAACAAUGGGUUCUUCAGACCUACAAAUACAAACCGAAAAUGGUCAAAUUGGGAUGCCAAGCAACAUAUGUUGCGUUGUGGUAGAAUAUCUACCCGGGGGUGCUUUGAAGUCUUACCUGCUUAAGAACCGGAGGAAAAAGCUUCCUUUUAAAGUAGUUAUCCAAAUUGCACUCGAUCUUGCAAGAGGGUUAAGUUACCUGCAUUCCCAAAAGAUUGUACACAGAGAUGUGAAGACUGAAAACGUGUUGUUGGACAAAACCAGAACCGUUAAAAUUGCUGAUUUUGGGGUUGCACGUGUUGAAGCAUCUAACCCAAAUGACAUGACCGGUGAAACUGGGACCCUUGGCUAUAUGGCCCCUGAGGUACUGAAUGGGAACCCGUAUAAUAGAAAGUGUGACGUGUACAGUUUUGGCAUUUGUUUAUGGGAAAUAUACUGUUGCGAUAUGCCGUACCCUGACCUUAGUUUCUCGGAAGUAACUUCUGCUGUCGUUCGCCAGAAUCUAAGGCCCGACAUACCAAGGUGUUGCCCGAGUUCUCUUUCUAAUGUUAUGAAACAAUGCUGGGAUGUAAAUCCCGACAAACGACCCGAAAUGGACGAGGUUGUUAGGAUGUUGGAGGGAAUUGAUACAACGAAAGGCGGAGGUAUGAUUCCGGGUGAUCAAGCUCAGGGUUGUCUUUGCUUCCGGAAGUAUCGCGGGCCUUAAAGACUUGUACCAUGUGUUGAGAAGAUGGUACCAUUAUAUUUGAAUAUCGAAAGGUUUUGUUAAGUUGAAAAACAAGUACGGAAAUUUAAUAGAUCCCUUAAAGUGGGUGUAGACUUGUGGUGUUAUGCUACAUGUUUGAAUUAUGUAAAGUUUUAUGUUUUUA